AUGAGAAGAUGUGGUCCAAUACCAACUUUGACUAUCUUCGUCGAUUACGCUUCAACAUCAAGCUACGAUGAAGAAGAAGUCGAAGCUUUCUAUAUGGACCUGGAGAAGUUCUACCGAGAAGAUCAUGCCUUCUACAAGGUCAUAAUUGGCGAUUUCAACGCCAAAGUUGACCCAAGAAGAACGCCGGAGGAACUUCACAUCGGGACCCACGGCCUACAAUGGAACGACCAGGGGGAGAGGCUCUCCGAGUUCAUCAUGACGACUAAGACCAUCCAUGGGAACUCGCAAUUCCAGAAGCCCUCCUCUCUAUGCUGGACGUGGGAGUCACCCGGUGGAGGGUACCGUAAUGAAAUAGACCACAUCAUCGUCAAUAAAAGGUUCUGCCUGACGGACGUCGCUGCGUUAGCCGGCUUUUGGGAAGAUUCCGCAAUGGACAACAUCGACGAGGAAUAUGACCGGCUCGUUGAACACCUUCACGACUGCGCGAAGAAGGCUGAGAGUUCUAAAACCACCAAGAGACGCCUGCCUCUUGAAACUCUUGAGCUGAUACGCCAACGUUGA